CGCCUCUUUUCCCCUUGGUGCACGAGGAGAUGGGGCGGAAGCGGCAGCAGCAGCAACGGCGGCAGCGGCAGCCCCGGCAGGGACCCCCUCACGAGGCCUUCGCGGAGGCGGAGGAUGAGGAAGGCCCCGGCGGCGACUCCGGCCCCAUCUCGGGCGGGGACCCGCUCCGCGGCCACUCUUCCUCCUCCCCCGUGAAGGACGCGGCGGCGGGGUCGGCCGAGCCGGAGCCGGGUAGCGGCAGCGUCCGGGGAUGCGGCGAAGUCCGGGCCUCGCCUUCUCCUCCGCUGGCCAUGUGGGACUUGGGCCACUGCGACCCGCGGCGCUGCACGGGGCGGCGGCUGGCAAGGAAGGGGCUGGUGCGGACGCUGCGUCUGGGGCAGCGCUUCGGAGGCGUCAUCCUCAGCCCCGCCGCCACCCGCUUCGUCUCCCCCGCAGACAGACAGAUUGUGGCUCAGAAUGGAAUUGCGGUGAUUGACUGCUCGUGGGCAAAGCUGGAUGAGACGCCGUUUGCCAAGAUGAAGGGAAGCCAUCUCCGCCUGCUGCCCUUUCUGGUGGCUGCAAAUCCAGUGAACUACGGCCGGCCAUGCAAACUCUCCUGUGUGGAAGCAUUUGCAGCUACUUUCUACAUUGUGGGAUUCUCUGAUCUUGCCCUGAUCAUCUUACAAAAAUUUAAAUGGGGAAACGUGUUCCUUGAUUUGAAUAAAGACCUCCUGGAGAAAUAUGCAGCCUGUAAUUGUGAAGAGGAAGUACUGAAAGUUGAACAAGAGUUUCUGGCUCAUGCCCAAGAAAAAGAAAAAGAAGAAAUAGACCCCUUUGAUAUUGACUCUGGAAAAGAGUUUUUUAAUCCCAACAGGCCUGCCAGAGCUUCAGGAAUAACUGCUGGUGAUGAAAGUUCCGAUGAAGAAACAUCUGAUGAGGAUGAUGCUGGAAAGAGUAGCAGCUCAGAGGACCUGAAUGCAACAUGUGCUGCACACAGCAAGCCAGCUGUGUGGGGAAAAACUAAAAACAAACCAAGGUUCCAAUCCUGAGCAUUCUUACAAGGAAGUAAGUCCCAUUGAACUCAGUGAUGGGGUUUGCUUUUAAAUAAAGCCUGUCUAGGAUUGGGCUUGACUGCACUCUGCUCUGGUGACCCCAGUGGGUUAAGAAUAUAUACAGAGUUGGUUGAGAACCUGCUUCUGUUGAUAGCAGUCCCCACUUACUGCUAGCAAAUGGGGCCUCACUGUCUCUCUUCUGCUGUAGUGGCCGUACACUGCAACUGUGACACGCUUUUAAAUCACAAUUUCAACUAGUUUCUACUAGUAGAAUAUGUUGUGAUGUUGGAAGGAAAUAAACUGGGAGAGGUUCCCUGAAAGUAACGCCUCCACCUCUCAAUUCGGUACCUCUCCUGAUACCUGAGAGAGGCUUUGGCCUGGUGGCUGGGAAUGCAGAUGCUGAAUGAGAAGCUCCAGCUGAGAUGGGCAGGCACCCUGACCCUUCUUAUACUGCUGAGGGUGAAGAACACAAGGGACUACCUUGCUGGAGCAAGGCCGGACUCCAAACACACACCCCUCCAUCCUCCUCCUGUGAGCUGCCUCUUGGGGAUCAGAUGGUAGCAAAACAAAGGUGGCUGAAAUUGUAGUGUUACAAAAGCACCCCAAGCCCAUUGCAGCAUUUAACUUGUGUCACUUGUGCCUUGAUACAAAAAAAAUUCCUCACUUUUCAGGCAAGAGGAAAGAUGAAACUGCACUCUAAGUUUCCUUAGGUCACCAGUGGGGUGUGGGACAGUAGCCAAUGAGAAUAUCACCAGGAUAAUGAAGCUACUGGGUCUGACACAUGCAUUUUCAACCCUUCAGUCUCUAUUGUCCAGCUAAAAGGAUGCUUUGAUGUGAAGGAAGGAAAUCCUUAUAUGGCAGUAUUGAAAAGCAUACCCCUGCCCCCAACAUGUAUAUUCAUGGGAGUGGAAUAAACACUAAUGUACCAAA